GCGUCACACCGGAAGUUGUCGAGUCGGAAAGUGCGCCUGGCGCUCGUGGUGCCUUCAGCGGUAGGCGAGAAGAAAAAAGACACCAACAAAACGAGAGCCUUUUGUGCGUUUUGUUUGUAUGUGUAUGUGCGCUGACAUCCAGGCAAAGCAGCAACGGCCGCAAAACGAGGACGCGACCGGAGAACGCAGUUUUGCGGAUGCGGUCAGGUCUCCAUUUGCGGCGGGAAGCGUACGUAUGAGAGGACCGUGAAGUCAGCAUCGCCUUUUCUCCCCAUCUUGGCAAGAACAUCCCGUCACGACGAUGAAGGUACGGAAAGAAGACACGCCUUCGGACUGGGGCUGCUUGGUGGGAAUAUGCUUCUUCAUCCUGGGCCUGGGAACGCUGCUACCAUGGAACUUCUUCAUGACCGCAUCACUGUAUUUCCAAGCACGCCUGAACACAUCCAACGUCACCACCAACGGCAGCGACGUCAGCGACUACAGCAAGUACUUCAACAGGUGCAUGACCCUGCUGUCCCAGCUGCCCCUGCUGCUCUUCACCCUGCUCAACUCCAUCCUCUACCAGAGGAUAUCUGAGGUCAUACGCAUCGCCGGCAGCCUGAUUUUCAUCCUGCUGCUUUUCGUCUUCACGGCCGUGCUGGUGAAGGUGGACAUGGACACCGAGCCCUUCUUCUCCGUCACCAUGGCGACCAUCUGGUUCAUCAACUCGUUCGGCGCCGUCCUGCAGGGCAGUCUCUUCGGCCUGGUGGGCAUGCUACCCCAGAAGUACAGCGCCAUCUUCAUGAGCGGGCAGGGCCUCGCCGGCACUUUUGCCGCCAUGGCCAUGCUGUUAGCCAAUGCCAGUGAUGCGGAGUCCAAGUCGGCGGCGCUGGGCUACUUCAUCACGCCAUGUGUGGGCACGUUGGUCACGCUCUGCUGCUACCUCCUCCUGCCCCGCCUGGAAUUUGCUCGCUAUUACCUGAAGAGCAGCACCAAAUACAAAGCUGGCGCCACAGAUGAGCUGCUGACAGCGGAGAGUUCAGCAGCGGACAACGGCAAACUCGGCAGCCACGCAAACGGCUCGGUGGCGGGCGGCCCAAACAAAGACGGCGCCUCCGGGGACGGCGAGGCGGGCGGGUCCCGGCCGCACAGAAGCAAGGAGGCGUUCCUGUCUCUGGAGCAGGUGGAGAAGAAGCAAGGCAAAGCCUCCAUCAUCCAGGUCUUCAAGAAGAUUUGGGUCAUGGCGUUCUCCGUGACGUUCGUGUUCACGGUCACGCUCUCGGUCUUUCCCGCCAUCACCGUCGACGUCAAGACGUCAUCCCCUGACUUCAGGACGGUGUUACCGGGAAAUUGGGAGCGCUACUUCAUUAACGUCUGCUGCUUCCUGACUUUCAACAUCAACGACUGGCUCGGCCGAACGGUCACCACCUUGAUACACUGGCCUCGCAAGGAGUCGCGGCUCUUCCCGCUGCUGGUGGUCUCUCGCGUCGCCUUCGUCCCUCUUCUGAUGCUCUGCAACGUCCAGGAUCGCUCCCACCUGCCCGUCUACUUCGCCUCCGACAUCGUGUUCACCGUCAUCAUGGCUCUCUUCUCCGUGUCCAGCGGAUACUUUGCCUGCCUGUCCAUGUCCUACGCGCCGCAGUUGGUGGAAGCCAAGGAUGCGGAGACCGCCGGAACCCUGAUGACCUUUUUCUUGGCUCUGGGUCUGUCUAUUGGUGCCGCGUUGUCUUUCCCACUCCGGAAGCUCGUGUAGCCUCGCAAACACACACACACACACACACACACAUGCAAGCACAUUUGAAUACAGUGGUAUCGUUUUGCACUAUAAGCCGUUUUUUUUUUUUUUUUAAACGAGACUGACAGUCAAACACGCAAAUCCAAAAUGAAAACAUUCGCAAGGAGCAACUGUAACACCGUAACUUUAUCAAAUCAAUUUAUUUUCAUCCUCAUUGUUUUUUUUUUUUUUACACUGAUCAGUGUUGUUUCUUUUUCUAAAUAACUUGUUGUUUUGUGGGGCUGGAAUGGAUUCAGUCAAUUGAGUUACAGGUUUGGUCACAGAACAAAUUAAAAUCGACAGUCAGGGUACCGCUGUCCAUACAAUACAAUAAGAAUAAGGUGCAAGCCCGUUGCUGUUUAUGCAUACCUUUUUUUUAAAUUUCCGUUUGUGAUGCUGUUUUCACAUGCACACACGUUGAUGUACAGAAGGGAAUCGGUUUUGUUUUUAGCUCUGUUUUUCGCAGUUUUGUCGGUCUGCGUGUAGUUUUCGAAUUUGUCGCACGGAUCACGAUGAGCUGUUACUGCAAGAGACCAUGCAUUCAUUCAUUCACCUUCAGUUCCGCUUAUCCUCACUAGGAAUGAGGACGAAUUCAGUCAGGCUCCCUCCAUAGGCCACGACGACGCCACCAUGCUGACCUCUUGUGGAGCAUGGGCGACAGGUUCAUUCGGUUCAUGUGGUGGGGAGGCGUGGGGGAACACAACUAAAGUACUUUCCUUCCGCCAUCUAGUGGAAAAGCAUUUAAUUGUUCUGCCUGUCACUAUUCGUCUCUGGUAUUGAUAAACAAAAAGAUACAUUACUUGUAGUGAGCAAAUAAAAUAUUUUUCUGUCCAAUGAAGUAAAAUUGGACACUAAGCUGCAAUAGUCGUGUUAAUAUUUAAUAUGAAUAGCAUUUUUUUUUUUUUUUAACUGUAUGUGAAAUGUCAACCAAUGUUCAUUUUUUUGGUCCUUUUUCUCUGCCAAUGCGCCGUGCCUCUCAAUACUUUGUUCAUGUACAUAGAAUGGUGUUUUACUUUGCUUGAAUGUUUAAGCCUUGCUUUUUUUCAAGUGGGACACAAACAAAACAAAGAAAAAAAGGUUUAUUUUUCUGGGGGGGGGGGGGGGGGUGAAGGCCCUUGUGUUAAGCAUUUCAGAAGUCAGUUUUUACAAAUCCACGUUUACUGCGUCUCUGCUUCAGCACACUUUUAAAAUACUUGCCAUUGCACUCGCGGUACUGUUUGUGUGUACUUUACAUUUUUAUUGGACAGAACUUGAGCGUUAUACACAUGGGAAACCACAAUAAAGGGCUUAAAAUGG